CAUAGCUACAGUGAAUGAACACGGGGCCAGGAGUCUGCAGAAGAGCAAGGAGAGAAAGUUUGAGUUUUAUCUAAGGAGCACAUGGAAAACAAAUCUGUGGAUCGAGGAAAUUGUUCUGCGCCCCUUGCUAAAGAUGAACUUGACCGAACCUCAGAAGAAGAGACGAUUGACACCCAGAAUGCAGCUUCAAGAGACUGUGCAGGAGAAGAAGACCAGCCGCCAGCUGACCGUCAUCUUCUGAACAAUUCAGAUUUCUGGCCAUCCAUCAGUUUAGCUGCAGCCCUCCUUCUCAUUUUCUCAGUGGUCACUUAUGUGCUCCUCUUUUCCGAGUCAGGAGUGCACCGUGUCACUUGGAGGCACAUAGUCCACCCUGUUGACAGACAUUUGGACUCCUUACGCCUUCUCUUUCCCAGACAGCAGGAGGUGCUAUGGACAGAGCUGAGGAACAUAAUGAACAGAAGGCCUGCACAGGGAGGCCUGAUCUUGUUGAGCUCAGGAGAUGCCAGAAGUACCAUGCUUCAUUUUUCCAGGUGCCUUGUCUUCCUCAUGUCAGGCCACAACACUUCCCAAGCCCAGAGAACAACUAUGUACGACAUGGACCACCUCAAUGAACACCUUGACCCUUCACUUCUCCCACAUGCCACUCUUGCUGUGUUUAUGGAGUUUAGGAGCAACAUAACUGCUGGAGUCAUCCUGGAGCUGCACCAUCCAGAGACUUUGGUGACCACCACAGGCUUUUAUCCCAAACAGCUGGAACCGUUGGAGAAAAGCAGACUUCUGGAAGUUGGCAUGGACGUCGUCAAGGAGAUUCUGAAAGGCAUACAACUUGACGGGACGGUCGUUCACAUCCCAGGUUCAACAACAGAGGACUGUGCUGCUACUUGAGAAGGAGGAACUUCAUGAUGGCGGCUUAGUCUGUUAGGCCAUCAGUGGAGUGAAAUACCAAGACACAACUUACCAGAGACUAUUUCAUCACUGUGAACAAAGUUACCCAAAUAUAUUUUUAUAAUGCGUUUCAGUUGCCAUUUUCUAAAGUGUUCUUGGACUGUGAAGAUCAUGAUGAUCUUGCCAUUACGAUCUGCAAGAAGCCACUUUGGGUGGAAAUGUGAGGACAUUGAAACCACUGCAGGUAUUUUUGGGGGCAAAUAAAGAGGCAACUUCAA